AUGGUUAAACUAAAAUUGAAAGCUUUAUUGAUUCCUAAGGAAUUUGAACAGAUUGAUGCAUCCAAUAUUGAUCCAAGAAAAUAUGUCAAGUUUUUAUACAUAGUGGAUAGCACAGCAAACCUUGAGAGUUUAGAAGAAAAAUUAGUAACACGAUUCUCUAAAAGAUAUCCAAGAGAACGAAAACUACGGGUUUUGGCAUUUCAAAAUAAAGAUUUAUGUGACUUGGAUCCAGACUUUGCUGUUGAAGAUGUGUUCAGUGAGAGUAAUGAUGAACUUCGAGUUUUGGUAGAUAAUAAAUUUAGAUCAAUUACUUAUACGCCUGAUCCUGCAAUCUCCACUCCAAUCAAUUUUAGUCAAGCUGAGACAAUUCGAGGAGGGGUUUAUAGUGCCGUUGAAAAAUCUGAUGACAAUACAACUCCGAAGAAACCUAAGAAAUCCCCUUUAUCUUCGCCAGUUUCUUUGGCACCACCUCCACCACCACCUGAAACUAAAUCCAAUCGUAAAGUACCCCAAAAGAAAAAUGCAGUAUCUCUGCUGAAACAGAGGAUCACCAGUGGUAUGCUUGAAGCACCUCCUGUCACCCCAAUGAAUAAUUCCGACGAGGUAUAUUUUGACAGACUUGAAAGUCCGAUAAAGAAACCGCAAAAAGCUGAGAAAACCGACUCAUUUAUUGUUUCUAGCUCCCAAGAUGAAAUCUCAAGUAGUGAAGAAUACAAUGAAAGCGAGGAACUGGAUACAGAAACUGUUGAUUAUGAACCCGAAGGGGAAGAGGAAAUACAACCUUCAGAGUUGCUUUCUAUGUUUGAAGAAUUGGAUUCCCAAGAGAACAACGAUUUACCGCUGUCACGGUCUCUGAAUUCCAAACUGUUGUCUAUUAACAAAGAGUUACAGAUUGAUAUGGUUGAAGGUAAUCCUGCCAUGUAUUUGUCAAGAGGUAAAAGAAGGGCAGCAAGGGAGGCGAAUCUAGUGUUUACAGCCUCUAAGAAGGCGGCUAAAGCCCCUUUCUCGACUACCAAACCAGCAUCAACAAGCAAAAUAACCUCUAAACCUGGAAAAGUACAAAAGCCUACAAUAAGCACACACACAAAGAAUACAUUGCCUGUGGUGAAUACUAACGCUCAAAGUAAAUCCGUUUCCACACCAACACAAAAUAUUGGUAUUGAGAAAAAAAUUCCGGUAUCAACUUCAUCUAAACCAAUAAAUAUAGCCGGUGGUAAAUCUGAAACAAAGACUGCCCCAACAAUUCCACAGCUGUCCAAUAAAGCAUCUUCAAAACAGCCAAAUAACCCUUUCGUUUCCAAAUCUACAUUAGAAGAUCUCUAUGAUCGAAUGAAAGUAUUUGGAGAAAAAGUGAAAACAUUGAUGGUCAACAGUGAGGAUGGGAAAAUCAUUGGAUAUGAAAAGAUUCCCAGUGAUUUUGGUGAUGGCAUUAAAGUGGCCUAUGAUAUUUCAAGUGAAGCGAUUGACACCACUUUACGAUUAACGAGGCAAAAGAAUAAUCAAGACACAAGUAUUGUGGAAGCUGGGGAGAUAGUUUUAGACUCUGAAAUAUUACUGUCUAAUUCAGGGCCAUCCUUACAUUUAGUUGAAACGGCACUCCCUACUACUAGUGAAAGAGAAGUUGAGUCAAAAGCUAAUGAUGAUAAAUUGGCCAAUAAUAGUAGUGAUGACAUAGUAAUUAAACCUCCUGUGAAAAAUAAGGUAACAAAUUCAACUAAAGCAGUAUCCAAGGAUUUAGAUAGCGAUAAUGAUUUCCAAGAAAUUCCCUCAACUACAGCAAUUCCCAAUGUAGAUAGCACCAAACCUAUAGCUAAGGAGCUGGAUAGUUAUAAUGAUAAUGAUGACAUCGAUAUUGAUAUCAAAACUACUGGUGCUGUGUUUGUCCCCGUUAAAACCAACACUGAAGCUUCAGCUCCACUUGCAACAAUUGUGGAUAGUAGUGAAGAGGAAAGGGAAAAUAACAAAAUUGGUAUUGAUUCAGUGGGGAUUAGUCGCGAGCUGUUAAAUACAUUAGCUACGAUUAUUAAUAACUCCAAAAAGGGAAAUGGACAUGUUUUACACAAUUCAUCUAAUAGCAAUAAAAACUCACCUGAUAUUGCCCCAUCAACUUUUGCUGGUGAUUAUGGAAAUGAAAUAUCGGGGAAUAAUACACCUAAUAGGUUGAAUUAUAACGAUAAUGAAAUGUAUAUUCCAAAAUCAUUUGCAGCAAACUUCCGAGCAAAUGAACGGAAUCUGCAGAUGCUAGGGUCUUUGCAAAUUAUACAUAAAGAUGAUCCAAUAGACAAAACUCCAACUAAAAAUGAUGAACCUGCCAGUGACCACCAUAUGCUUCAGUAUAUGUAUGUUGGUGAUUCAGGUGUUGAAGACAUGAAUACGGUUGGUAGAGGAAUUGAUGAUAAAUUAAGAAGUUAUAAUAAAUCGAGUGGUCCACUGUCACCUUUUGGUAAAACUGAUACUUCAUCUAGUUUUCUUUUUGCUGGUUCAAAUACGAGUGCCAACACUAGUAUACCUAAGCCAGCAUUUGGAGCGGGUGAUUUAUUUGCUGGUAAAACUAAUAAUGGGAAUGGCACCAAUAAUAAUAAUAAUAAUAAUAAUAAUAAGAAUGUCUAUAGAACUGGAAAUAAUCAUGACAAUAGUUUGGAUUCAAUGGGAGGUACAAAUACAAAUCAUACCACUGGAUCUGUGUGGAAUAAUAGAAACGGCACUGGUGUCACAAGUGGGUCGGUACAUGAGAAAAAUUCUUCAAUUCCCUCAGCCCAACAGCAAGUUAAAAAUAAUAUAAAUCUGACAUCACGGGCAACUUUGCAAAAGCUAUCACUGUUGCAAAAUUUGGUGAAUCAAAAUAAAAGAACUCGACCGGAAUCAGAAUCUGAAGAAUCUGAUGAUGGAGAUGAUGAAGAUGAUGAAGAUCAAGAUGAACCAAAUCGUGUACGUAAAAAAUCCAAAUUAAUAGCAUCGACACCAAUUCCCAAACCAACAAUGACUCCAUUAAGUGGGAAUGGUAAUAAACUGAGAUUUAAUUUAACACCAUGGUCAUCUAAGGCAAAACCGGUAAUUCCUAAACCAAUACCCGCUCCAAAUCCAAAUCCAAAUCCAAAUCCAAAUCCAAAUCCAACCAAUGAUAAUGAUAAUAAUAAUAAUGAUGAUGUCAGGAACGCGAACCCGCUGGGAGGAGUUCAUGUAAUAAAUCAAAUGAAGAAUAAAUUAUUAUCCUCAUUAACUGAUUUGGCUAAUAAAGGAUUACCUGAUGUCAAAGAUACGAAAACUGUUACUAAAAAACCACUAACUAUAUUUGGUGAUUCUAGUGACAGUGAAGGAAAUGAUGAUGAUGAUAGUGAUAGUGAUAGUUCUGAUAGUGAUUGA